GCUAAUUCUUAUGUGCUGCGCAAGGUCUCAAAUACCAACCUUUCCCCUCUUUAUCAUCUACUACCUACGUUGUACAAUCCUCUUCUCUCUCCACUCUCCAUCAACAAUGGCUAAUCUUGAUUUUAUCCAACUCUUCCUUCAAACAUGCUUCUUCUAAUAACUCUUAAUCAACCUUUAUGAAUACCCAUUAUCCCAUGUCAUCUAUGGCUUCUUCUUGCAUAGAUUUUGAUAGAGUCAAGUUGAUUCCUUUGUCACUCACUUCCAUCUGUAAUUGCCACUUUCAUCACCCUCCUUCUACAUCAUCAGCUCCUUUUCAUAGAACCUUAAGUUUGACCCGACCAAGAUGUUCAAUUUCAAGAAUUGGUUUGUUUCUCGAUGGGUCUAGAGUUUCAGGUGUACCCAGAACCAUUUUCUUGAAACACCCUCGAAUUAUCACGGCUGUUGCUCGUACUGAACCCGGUCGCCUUUUCGAUGAUGAGGAAGUCAACAAAGGCAACAGUACAACGGAGGGGGAAAUUCCCACUUCUGAACUCAAGCAGAAAAAUAGUCAAUUGAAGAAAAGGGUAGUCUUUGGACUUGGUAUAGGUAUUUCAGUCGGAGGAGUGGUAUUAGCUGGAGGAUGGGUUUUCACUGUUGCCGUUGCUGCUGCUGUUUUUGUGGGUGCACGAGAGUACUUUGAACUGGUUAGGAGUCGUGGAAUUGCUGAUGGAAUGACUCCUCCUCCUAGAUACGUAUCAAGAGUUUGCUCUGUCAUCUGUGCUCUCAUGCCUCUACUCACACUAUAUUUAGGUCAGAUUGAUGUUUCUGUUACCUCUGCGGCCUUUGUUGUUGCAAUGGCACUGCUGAUGCAAAGGCGAAUUCCUCGUUUUGCUCAACUUACUAGUGCCAUGUUUGGGCUCUUUUAUGUUGGCUAUCUGCCUUGUUUCUGGGUUAAGUUGAGAUGUGGUUUGGCAGUACCAGCUCUGAACACUAGACUAGGAGCAUCAUGGCCUGUCCUUCUUGGAGGCCCAACUCAGUGGACCGUGGGGCUUGUGGCGACCUUAAUUUCAUUCAGCAGUAUCAUUGCAGCAGAUACAUUUGCUUUUAUUGGAGGCAAGGCUUUUGGUCGGACACCGCUUACUAGCAUUAGCCCAAAGAAAACUUGGGAGGGAGCUCUUGCAGGCUUAGGAGGUUGUAUAGCCACUUCUGUGGUGUUAUCAAAAACCUUCUGUUGGCCUACAUCCACAUUAAGUGCUGUAGCUUUUGGAUUUCUGAACUUUUUUGGAUCUCUCUUUGGUGACCUCACUGAGUCAAUGAUCAAACGUGACGCGGGUGUGAAGGACUCAGGCUCUCUCAUUCCUGGACACGGAGGAAUACUGGACAGGGUGGAUAGCUACAUAUUUACGGGUGCAUUGGUAUACUCCUUUGUGAAAAUGUUGUUACCACUUUAUGGAGUUUGAUGAACCUAAUAAGGAUUCCCUGUGAAGGAAAAAGAUACUUCAUGGCUGUUCUCUUAACUCAGGAGCAAGCACAAGGUGACAUACCAGUACUGUAGAACAACAUCCGACGUAUGAGGUUCAAUUGAAGGUCAGUUAAGUUCCACACGAAAAGAUUCUGGUUGCAUUACAACUCUGCAAGAUUCUACUGAUUCAUAUACCUGAUUCGUAGAUCAAGGAAGUGGAGUUUCUAGUAGUUUCAGCACUCUAGGGUGACAGAACGGGGAAGAGAAUAGCUUGAUGUUUGAGGGUCAGUGUUGAGUUGUUUGCUAGCUCCCCGAUUGUGUUUUUAGAAUUGUUGCAUCAUUUUUAUUCUGCCAGUGUAUAUUCGUUUUGUAGAGAAAUGUCGCAAUAAUUAUUAGGUUUUAUAUAUUUCUUUAUUCAGUCUUUGCUUUGUUGAAAUAAUUACAGGUGCCAUGACAUCUUAAUAAUGGAAAUGGCAAGAUUUAACA